AUGUUUUCGUUGUGAUAAAGUGUGUAGUUUUAUUAUUUUCUCUUUCUUUCUUUUUAAUUUAAGGUUAAUUAAUGAAACUUUACAGAAUAACGAUCAGCAUUUACUUGCUAUAAAAUAAUUGCUGUUAAUCUUUGCUGCCCUGAUGUGAUGUCGUAACUGUAGGCACCAGUUGCUGUAAAUAUCUAACUACCUGAAAGAAGAAUUUCUGCUGGAUGCACGUUCGGUGGUUUCGAAAUCCAUGUCUGCGACACAAGGCUUUGAUUUGUUUCUUGGUGUUUGUUUCUCUGACCGCUGCAUGUUUGUAUGUCAUUCACUUCGCCAGGUUGGCAUUGGAUGAAUUAAAAUGUUCGGAAUCGCAGUCCAUCAGUUUACUUCAGGAUUAUUGUCAUCAGUAUCAUCUUGGUCUGAUUGUUGGAGACCUCUGCCCUGCUCUGUGUGAUACAGAUCUAAUUCAGUAUCGCAGAUGUACCAACUACAGAGGUGGGAAACACGUUUUUAUCAUGGACUGCUUGAACAUGUGUAUCCCUGGAAAUAUAACUAAAGCUGUUUUGAAAACUAAAAACCAGGAGGUAUUUGAAGAGGAAGAAUUUUACAUGUACCUCAAACAGUUUUCAAAUCAGAAUGCAUCUGCCGAAAAAGCAUUAACUGCAAUGGUGAAGAACACAUUGAUUGAACUGAACCAAAAAUUAAUUAAAGACGACGACAGCAUUAUUAUUAUGAAAUUCUGGAACUCGGAAUAUAAAACUUAUUUAUCGAAUCCAUCCACUCGCAUAGCAUUUGCUCGAUCCUUGAUGCUGCUGGUCAGUCAGAGUGAAUUCCGGAUGUUAAGGAUGAACCAAAAUAUUCCUUAUUUCCCGAAGAUUUACGGAACUUGCGGACCAAUGUAUCUGGUAGAGUUCUCUCCCCCUGGUGACAUCCUGGAACACGAACUGUCACUGAUGAGCGAGAAGGAAUAUUCUUUUAAGGAGAGAGCUGAGGUCGCCAUUCGAAUCUUGGACAUCAUUUAUAGAAUUGACGUGGACAUGCCUGAACCACUACACCUGUGCGAUGUCAAGGGAGAGAACUUCGGCAUGGGUCGUGAUGGCUUACAGUUGAUUGACGUAGACACCGUGUUUUAUGACAGUGUUCUCAAAUCUUUUGUAGGUGGGCAGAACUGCUCCUCACAUCAAGAUUGUCACUUUUUUGACUGCCGAGGUUUUUGCAGUGAAGAAACAAGAUGCUGUGAAAAUUUCCGUACGAACAAUAAUUUACAGAGUGUGUGUGAAGAUGUAUUUCUAGGAAAGUGGUUCAACACUGUUGGAGGCCUUCUGAAAAAUCCACCCAGUUCUGUAAGGCAGCAACUUAAUUCCAUUCUAGAAUCAUGUGCCUUUUCACAAACAUUGCACGGUCAAGUCCCCUUUCAAAAACCUUCCAAAAAACUGCUUUCGAACUUGUAUGGCCUUCUUCUACAGACUGUUUAUGAACAUGAAGAUUAGAAAGAACGGGUUAACUUUGGAAAGUUCAGGAAUCCCUACCAUCAUCUGAGGCCAGUGGCAGCUCCAGAAAAUCCAUUUAGCGGGUAAGGGGGACUUGGUGACAUGAGAUGGAAUGCCAAGUGAACUUUGGGGGAGGUUUGGAUGGGGACUGUAAAAAAAAAUGAAAAUUAAUAUAUAAUAAAAUUAUAACUAGUGCACAAUUUAUGGGGGGGGGGGGGGGGGGGGCAGGCCCGAAGGCUCCCCCUUGAUCCAUCUCUAGAGGCUAACCAGUGGGUUGGGGUUUGCCAGUGGAUAUAUAUUGUUACGGUUGGAGAAAUAAAUUUCAUUAAAAUAAUAGUUUCAGGGCCGUACCUUCUUGGGGGGGGGGGGGGGCAGU